AUGGCGGAGAAGAAGGCUAGAAAGGCUGUUGUGGAGGCGCUCGGCGCUUCGCUCUCCAAGGUAGAUGAUCCUGUGAUCGACUACCUCGUUGGCAUUUUGGCCGACUACACCGCCAGUGAUGGCGAAACGUUCAAGGACGCGGUGGCCCCUCUCCUGGCCGACACCAUCGAAUCCGAAACCGAAUUGGACGACAUCUGCACCAAGAUGCACUCGCUCAUGUUCGGUACUGGCAACGUCAAGGAGGCACACAGGGAAGCGCCGCUGCGGCUGCUGGACGCGCCUAUCACGAUUGGCAAUGCCAUCCCGCAGGGAGAGGAGGCCCAGAUGUCGCUGUUCGUGUACCAGCCCAAGCUGGGCCGCAACAAGAACGCCAAGACCGAGUUCGUCGAUCGGUCGGACGAGGCCGAGCGCAAGCGCAACAAGCGCGAGGAGAAGAAGAAGCGCGAGCUGCAGGCCGAGAUGAGGCGUCAGCGCGAGAAGCAGCUGGCCAAGCGCGACCAGGCCUUCAUCACCCCCUCGCGCCGCUCCUCCGACCGCUCGCUGGUCAAGGACCUCCACCUCACCAAGUUCGACAUCUCCAUGGGCAGCCGCGUGCUCAUCACCGAUGGCGGGAUCACCCUCCUCUACGGCAGGCGCUACGGUCUGGUGGGCCGCAACGGAAUGGGCAAGACCACCCUCCUGCGAGCAAUCGCCGACAGAGAGCUCGCUGGCAUUCCCGCACACCUUCAGAUCCUGCACGUCGAGCAGGAGGUACGCGCCGCCUCAUAG